AUGAUGUUCCCCAACAUCGCUUGCUUCAUAGAGUCGGCGCUGACUGUUGCAUCGUUUGCGACGAGGCAAUCGCUGGACAGCUACAGCGAUGCUCAUUUCGACUACGUAAUCCUAGGCGGGGGUACUGCUGGCAUGGUGAUUGCGAACAGACUGUCCGAGAAUCCGAAUAAUACCGUCCUCGUCGUUGAGGCCGGUACUUUUCAAUACGACAAUCCCCUUGUCAAGAACACCACUGUGUUGGGCAUAGCCACGAAUACUGAUGUCGAUUGGCAAUACGAGAGCGCGCCGCAGAUUUAUGCUGCCAACCAGACCAUCGGAUGGAGUGCGGGUAAAGGUCUCGGUGGCUCGAGUCUGAUCAAUGGGAUGACAUUUAUCCGCCCGGCCAGCUCUCAGAUAGAUCUCUGGCCUUCUUUGGGUCUGGAUCUCGACUGGGACAAGCUGUUCGCAUAUGGAAAGAAGUCCGAACGCUUCACGAUUCCCCCGCCGAGCAUUCAAGCCCUAGGGGGGAGAUAUGUUGCGGCAAACCAUGGCUUCGAUGGUCUUUUGGAUACAUGCAUCAGCCAGCAUAUGCCCUCCAGUGAUAUCCAUACUGUGUUCAACGAUACAAUGAAGAAUUUGGGGAUUCCCCCAAUCGCGGACUUUGACGGGGGAGAGUUGAGAGGGUUUGGAUGCCAGCCAGUGACUCAGGACAGUAUGUUGGACGUACGAGAGGAUGCCGCCAGAGCAUACUAUUAUCCGAUCCAGGAUCGUGAGAACCUCCACGUCAUGGUCAAUACGACGGCUACUCGCAUCAUCUGGUCUAAGAACAAUGAGGACGGGAAAGCAGUUGCCUUGGCAGCCAGCGUCGUCCGCCAGGACGGCCAGGUAUCAACCAUCUAUGCUGAUCGCGAAGUCAUUCUUUCGGCGGGCGCUAUCAGAAGCCCGGCAAUCCUGGAGUACUCUGGUGUCGGAAACCCAUCAGUGUUAUCGAGAUACAAUAUUAACACCACAAUCAACUUACCGGCCGUAGGUGAGAACUUCCAGGAUCAGACCGUGCUUGGUGUCACGGCCAACUUCACCAGCCGAAUUGAGACGGGAUUUCCCAAUUUCGUCUCACAUACAUCAUUGCAAGAUCUUUUCGGCGACAACACCACGUCGGUAUAUAACACGGCUAUAGCACAGCUCCCAGCUUAUGCUGAACAAAUCGCAGCGCAGAAUGGAGGGGCGAGCAGCGCCAGCGUUCAACAUCGUCUGCUCAAAAGCCAGUUGGAUCUCCUUUACAACUCGAAUACACCAACCUCGGAGGUCGUACCUGCAGGCUUGGGGAACCUGGCCGGUGUCUUCUUCUGGCCCCUGCAACCACUCAGCCGAGGAAAUGUGCACAUCGUCAGUGAAAAUGAGACCACGUCGCCAUCCAUCAAUCCAAACUUUUUCCAGUCGGAUUUUGACGGUCUGGCUGCGGUGCAGACGGCGAGGUUUAGCCGCAGAGUGUUGACCACCGCGCCGCUGUCGGACCUUAUUGAUCUGGCAAGUCUCGCACCCAGCUUCGAAGAAGUUCCGGAGGAUGCGGGCGAUGAGUUAUGGCUCAACUGGAUCAAGAACUCCGCUUUCGGGCCCAAUUCCCAUCAUCUCGGCUCGUGUGCCAUGUUACCUCAGGAUAUGGGAGGCGUGGUGGACAACAAUUUCAUGGUCUACGGAACAAGUAAUGUGCGUGUCGUCGAUCUGAGCGUGAUUCCACUUCAGGUAGCCGGCCACUCGACAUCAUUACUAUAUGCUGUCGCAGAGUGGGCCGCAACGAAGUUUACAUAA